AUGCUUUCCCCAUUUAACACAACAAACCGGGCCACUUUCCAAAACCCAAGACAUGUGCCAGGCUAUGCAGGCUAUUGUCCCCAAGCCAAGUUCUGGCAUUACGGCGACACAUUCGGUAACACCACAGCGAAGUGUUUCCAGGACAGAAGGACAGCUAAGCUGAACAGUAGUAAGGCGACACAACCAGGAACAUACGGUGAUGGCAGACCUGAAUUUCCAACUGUUUACUCCAGCACGCCCAACUUGGUCCUCGCUGCUCGAACGAGAACGAGAGAACGAUGGCGCAAUGCCAAGAAAUACUCUCUGUUUAAUGAACACGAAAGAGGACGAGAAGUCAAGGAAUUUGACCAGCUUGCUCAGAGUCAUCGAGAAUAUUACAUGGAUGGAAUUGGUACAGUUCUAAGAGUGGAGCGUUUUGUAAUCCCUCGAAAAGAGCAGUCAGCAAUAACCAGGUAAUAUUCAAUCGUAAGGACCA